GUAUGGACUUUACUGUUUCUUCUCCAACCUGGCCAACCCGCAGUGUUUCGUGAAUUUACUGGACUCGCGCACAGUAAUGGGGGAUCUAGGAUGGAUAGCCUACCCAAAAAAUGGGUGGGAAGAAAUCGGUGAGGUGGAUGAGAACUACGCCCCGAUACACACAUACCAGGUAUGCAAGGUAAUGGAACAGAAUCAGAACAACUGGCUUCUGACCAGCUGGAUCUCUAAUGAAGGGGCAUCCCGCAUCUUCAUUGAGCUCAAAUUCACCCUGAGGGACUGUAACAGCCUUCCAGGAGGACUUGGGACUUGCAAAGAGACUUUUAACAUGUAUUACUUUGAAUCAGACGAUGAAGACGGGAGGAACAUCAAAGAAAACCAGUACAUCAAGAUCGAUACCAUCGCUGCCGAUGAGAGCUUCACAGAGUUAGACCUCGGCGACAGAGUGAUGAAGCUGAACACAGAGGUCAGAGAUGUUGGGCCCCUAACGAAAAAGGGAUUUUACCUCGCUUUCCAGGACGUGGGUGCUUGCAUUGCCCUGGUUUCCGUCCGCGUGUACUACAAGAAAUGCCCGUCGGUGAUCCGCAACCUGGCCCGCUUUCCUGACACCAUCACUGGAGCUGAUUCCUCGCAGCUGCUGGAGGUGUCAGGUGUCUGCGUCAACCACUCUGUGACCGAUGAGGCUCCAAAAAUGCACUGCAGCGCUGAGGGGGAAUGGCUGGUGCCCAUCGGGAAGUGCUUGUGCAAGGCAGGGUACGAGGAGAAGAACAACACCUGCCAAGUAUGCAGACCUGGGUUCUUCAAAGCUUCACCCCACAGUCCAUCCUGCAGCAAAUGCCCCCCUCACAGCUACACGCUUGAUGAAGCAUCCACCUCUUGCCUGUGUGAAGAGCACUAUUUUAGGAAGGAAUCAGACCCACCUACCAUGGCCUGUACAAGACCCCCCUCUGCUCCUCGGAGUGCCAUCUCAAAUGUUAACGAGACUAGUGUCUUUCUGGAAUGGAUUCCCCCUGCUGAUACUGGUGGAAGGAAAGAUGUGUCUUAUUAUAUUGCAUGCAAGAAGUGCAACUCCCACUCAGGUCUGUGCCAGGCGUGUGGCGGUCAUGUCAGGUACCUCCCCCAGCAAACCGGCCUGAAAAACACCUCUGUCAUGAUGGUGGAUCUGCUUGCUCAUACAAACUAUACCUUUGAGAUUGAGGCAGUGAAUGGAGUGUCCGACCAGAACCCCGGAGCUCGGCAGUUUGUGUCUGUAAAUGUAACCACAAACCAGGCAG